AUGCAUCUACUCACAUAGCAAAAUUACCAAAUUAUUUAAUUCCAAUUCAACAAUUAUUAUUAAACUUAGAAGUAUUUUAAUUAAAUUUAUAUAGGAAUUAAAAUGGUUUAAAAAAUGUUCUAUCAUCUUAUGUCAUCCAGUUAUUUGUAAUAAAGAAUUCAGAGAUUUCAAAACAAUGUGUUUUUGGAAAUACUCGAAGUGAAAAUGAAUGUAAAAGUUCAGGUUUUUGUAUUUGGGAGAAUGAUUUUUGUAUUUUAAAUUCCAGCCGAUUAUACAAUAUUGAGAUUAAUAGUUAGAAUCUAUGCAAGAAUUUCCAAUAAGAAGAUUGUCGAGAAUAAGAGCAUUGUGGAUUUUAUUUUGGUUAAUGUUAAGACUUCAUAUAUUGCAACAUAUUGGAUAAAGAUAAUUGUUAAGAAUCGUCAUAUAAAUGUGUAUCAGAUGGCUCAAAGUGGGUUUAGAUGUUAGAAUGUAGUGAUUAUAAAAUAGAGAAUGGACGUGCGGAUAAAAAUCAGAAUGGUAAUUAUUGCUUUAGGUUUGUGGUUACAAAGAAAAAAUGUAAAAAUGUAAAUUUAUGUGAAGAGUUACCAAUAUAUUUAACAAAUCAUAGCAUACCCAACGAAGGUCUUAAUGGGCGUACAAUAAACGAAUAAGGUUACGGAUGUAUAGAAUAAAUGGAGUCAUGUUCAUAAUAUGCUAAUUAUUUUUUAUGUUUAAAAAGAAAGAUAAUUUUUUUUUGGAUGGAACAAAAGCAUAAUGUGUUGAAAAUGUUGCGAAAAUCUACCAUUUAUUUAGGAUUAUGA